AUGGUUGAAAAUAACGACAUUGAAUUGUCCGAAGCGGAAGCGGAACAAUACGACCGUCAAAUCCGCUUAUGGGGCUUGGAAUCUCAAAAAAGGUUACGUGCGUCGAAAGUUUUAAUUAUCGGGAUAGCGGGUCUUGGUGCUGAGAUAGCGAAGAAUGUUAUUCUAUCCGGUGUUAAAAGUGUAUGCUUAUUAGACAACGAGAAAUUGAAAGAAAUAGAUCUGUAUUCGCAGUUUUUAGCUCCACCUGACAAGAUCGGUGAGAAUAGGGCAGAAGCAUCGCUAACGAGAGCAAGGGCUUUGAACCCAAUGGUAGAGAUUACAUCGGAGACAAAGUCUGUUGAUGAUCUUCCAGACAGUUACUUUACGGAAUAUGAUAUCGUAUGCGCAACUGGCUUAAAGCAAGAACAACUCGAGCGUAUAAACAAUGCUUGCCGCGACAGCAACAAGAAAUUCUUGUGUGGUGAUGUGUGGGGCAUGUAUGGUUACAUGUUUGCUGACCUCGUUGACCAUGAGUACUCUGAAGAAAUUGUCCAACACAAAGCUGUAAAACGUAGUUCAGAUGAAACUGAGAAGAAUGCCCGGGAAACUGUCAGUAUUACUGUAAAACGGAGAGCAAUAUAUGUUCCUCUUCAAAACGCCUUGUCUGUUGACUGGAUGAAACCAGAAUAUCGUUCUAGACUUCGCAGAGGGGACCCAUCAUACUUUGUAAUGAAAAUUCUGCUGCGUUUUAAAGACGAGUAUAACAGGAACCCAGAUCCAGCUAAGAGGAAAGAGGAUACUAAGAUUCUGUUAUGCAUGAGAGAUGAGCUUGUUAAGGAACUGUCUCUUCCAGCUGGUUUUAUCGUGGAUGAACUACUUCUGGAUGUGUUUGGCACAGUAUCUGGAGCUGCUGCUGUCAUCGGGGGUGUGAUUGGACAAGAAGUAGUAAAGGCAGUGAGCCAGAGAGAACCUCCACACAACAACAUGUUUUUCUUCAACCCAGUGAAAUGUGUAGGUUUUGUUGAACUUUAUGGUCAGUGA